UCCAUUUAUUCACUGUAUUUUGUUUUAUCUAGUAUUCAGACAUGGUUUUCCUGACACUGGCAUGUUGUGCCAGAACUAUACGAAAUCCUGGACCCAAUCCCUUCUGGAAAAGAGAGCAAAUUAGGAGACUUGCUGGGAGAUUCUAUGGAAGACAAAGAAACUGUGUUCGUUUGGCGCAGAAUGCCUGGAGACGAGCAUUGAGAUUUGCCGUGUGGGGUCGUGCAGCAAAGAGGGUGAUGAUGAUCAAUCUUUGGGAGACAAGGUUAGAAGGAGCUGCAAAUGAACAUGGUAUGACGUACAGGCAUCUCAAGGAAGGUUUAGCCAUGAGUAACGUUAUGCUCAAUCGUAAAGUUCUUCAGGACCUGGCAAUUUAUGAACCUAGAACAUUUGAAAGUCUAACAGCAUUAUCCAAACAGCGUCUUCAUGAGGAAGGAUUAUUUGAAAGUACGAUUCCACCUCAAGAUGGCGUAGUUACAAGAGGAAUGUUGGAGUCUCCCUUUUGUGAAGGAAAUCGACAUUUGUACCCGGGCAGUAAAGACCCGACACAACAGUCAUAACAGUUUGAAAAAGUAGACUUCUGUGUAAAAUAUCAUGAAUUCAAGUUUGACAGCAGUAAUACAAUUGGGAUGUGUAUAGAAAAUCUUUAUUUGCAAUUUAUGUCAGAUUCUGUAACAUUCAGUGUCGGGAGUUUCACUGCUUCAGGAAAGGAUGCUUGUCCAUUGCAGGUUAAUUACAAAUUCAUACUCCUGGGUCAAGGAAAGCAACUUAGUGGUGGGUGUCAUGCUCAAGACUAUGGAGAUGAAACAAGAGUGAUUCCAUGAUUCAAACUCAUGACCCCCUGUUAAUGAGCCUGGCCCUCUGAAAACUAAGCCACUGAUCUCCCUAUUCCUGAUGUUUAUGUCCCUAACUGUGUUAGAGUACAAGCCUUCUCAUUGGUGGAUGCAAAUAGCAUGUAAAUAAAUCUUUAUACAGUAUAGAGCUUUAUCUUUAGUUUUUCCCUUCUGUGGUUGUUGGACACUUCCUUAGUCCAAUACACCCCCAGUUUUCUUUAUGGUCAGGUCUAAUACAUUAACUGGAAGAUCGGGUAAUAGGCUACCUUUACAUCCCAGUUUCUGGAAUGGACUCUUCUAAUACAUUAACUGGAAGAGUCCAUAAAGGAACUGGGGGUGAAAAAGAUAUUGUAUUGAGGGAAAUGUAAAAAAGUGCAUGUACUGCUAUGUGGGCUGUGGUGCUGUAGAGAUGUCCAGUGUACCACUCUGUGGAUCAA